AGGUAGACUUGGUAACGAACUCGACGAGGGUUGUUUAGUUCUAUUCGAACGGUUUUCGAGAGUGGUCCGGAUUUUUGAAAGCUCGCGAAGUUUGUGCGAUUCAGCGGAUCGAGUACGGCUACGACGACGGGCAGUGCACUGAAGAAGACUGGUCUCGCCGCGUUCGCUGGUUGUGUUCGAGAACAGAAGAAAUUGAAGAAAUUAUGAGUUGAAGUUGAAUAAUAAUAAGGAGGAGGAGAACAGUGCUCGAGGAAAAAAAGGAGAAGACGACGGCUGCGACUUGUUCGUGGGGUUAUUGGUGGAUUGGUGCGUGGUCCGUGUGUGAUGAGCAGAGGCUGUGUCUUGCCAGCGAAGCGAGUGUAUCGGGAGUAUGAUAAAAUAAAGCUACUAGUAGAAGCCACAUAUUUAGAAGGGCGGGUAAUGUUUGAGUUAACGACAACAAAAAGUAUGAAACAAGUGUAGAGUGAGUGAAGGGUUCAACAAAGUUCAACACACACCCCAAAGUGAUAAAUCGGCGCAAAGUUCCUAACAUUACGAACGAAACUUAACGAGUAAGCAACUGUUCAACGAUGUCGUCAAAGAGCUGCCACCUGCAGUCCGCAGUCCCUACCGUGAACCGGGUUCUGCUGACGCUAGCUCUAGUGCUGGCAUGUGCGGCCGCGCAUCGUUUGCAGCACUUCACCGGCCCAGAAGCUGCGGCCGGUGGGGCACCAACAAGUGGUGAUAAAACGUCAUCAGCGAAUGGCUCGGAACCGCCCCGUCGGUUCCAUGCUAUCUUCCAAGGGUCGUUGGCGGCCGCGGCUAUGCCAGAGCUCAAAUCAUCACCAUUGUCGUUAGAGAAGAUGCUGGCUGGCAGCAGCAGCAGCAGUAGUAGUAGCAGUCGUUCCAAAGCGGCGGUAGAUAACAGCACCUACGACAAUGGAAGCAACCAGAGGAACCGCACUCGACAGUGCCGCGAAGGUUGCCUGGGAAAGCGUUCCAUUAAGGACAUUCUCUGCACCCAGCAACGCGAAUGCGCUAUGUGCUGGGACGUGUGCAACCGCAACCACCAGAUCCGCAAGGAGAACGAACUAGCCCACCGGCUUCUGCUCAGCCUGAGCCGGAUGAUCCGCAACGAGUCCGUAGUGACGGCCGACAUCGAGUGGACCACGCCGGAGGAACUGUUGGAGCACCAGCCGCAUCCGGGCGUUCCGUCACCGCUGGCAGCCAGCGAAAACGUGGAACGGCUCAGUCGGAUUGCGCGGGAUGGCGGCCCGAACGGGACCUCCCCAUCGUCGGUGUCGAAGAUCAUUCAGGCCCUCAGUCAGGCCUCGUCGCUGAUGGGACCGGAAUCAAAAACGGUUACCAGCAGCACCGGCAGUGCGGAACAGAGCUUCCACCAGUGUCUGGUGUCGUGGGAGAUUUCCGGCGGGGGCUUGACCGGCAAUCUGCUGACCGAAACCGCCAAAGUUGAACUCUCCCUGUGGCCAAACACCAAGUACCAUGUGCACGUGACCUGUCGAAAUAAGGAAUCCGAUCAACUGAUACGUUCGGCACCGCUCCUGAUCGACACCAGCGAAGCUCUAGUGGUCAGCCUCCAUGGCACAACAACCACCACCAGUACAACUACUACCACCACCACGACCACCACCAGCACGACGCCCCGCCCACUGGCGAUCAACUCGGUGAUCGAGGAAAUUGAAGUGGUCCAGAAGGCAACCGCAUUCGACAGCGCUACCGAUGACGUCGUCGCCGAAGCGGACAGCUACAGCGCCGGCGGCCGUAGCUACCAAACCAAAUCCCGGUCGAACCCAUCGGGUCACAACCUCUGGCCGAUCUACAGUGCCGCCGUUGAUUUGCCGGAGAACUCCAAGGAGGUGCUGAUCCUCGGAGUGUUCGUCGCGAUAUUGGCGUUCGUGCUGAUCGUGCUGACGGUCGUCAUUCUCGCCCGGCGGAAGCACGACCAAAUCGACGAUCGGGAACUGCUGAUCGAGAGCGAAAUUCUGCCGAAGAUUUUGCACGUUUGAUAGGGCGACCAGUCGGAUGGCGCCAGUGAUGACGAAAACGUCGACGAAGUCAGCGGGUGUUUUCUGUAAAUAGCUGUUUUUAUUAGGCUUCUUUCUUCACCUUUUUCAAUGCUCCUACUUAGAAACGAAAAAAAAAUCUUAGAAUGGGAAAGCUUCUCUCUAAUUUAAAACCCAUUUUACUAUCCCUAUUCUACUUAGGUACGGUCUAAAUUAUUGAUUUUAUCGAUUCCGAUAAUUUCUGGAUUAGGUUAUCCGCUCGGGCACAAAUUUAUUGGCGAGACAAAAUCAUCUGAAACUAAUUGAUUAUAUUAUCGCGCUCGGAACAACAUGAAUCAAACGAAAACAAAAUAUAAUCCAAAUAGGAAGUAGCAGUCACAUUGGCAUCCGAAAACAAACGGUGAAAAAAAUACUAAAACUAAUCGCAGAAAUUAAAGAAUGAUACUAGUCCUUUUUGUUUGCUUUGGGAACGAGUGAAAGCGGUGCGACGGGAAUGCUAUUCAAAGAAGCUGGUUUAGGAAUGGAAUGAAGUGCUGUGAUGUGAAAAAAAAAACUGACAGGGAUAAUAAGAGGUCAGGCGAGCGCAAGAGAAAAGAGAACGAAAAGAUGUCGAGUCUUUAUUAACUAGAAGUAAAUGUGUUUGUAUAGUUAGAGCAGAUAGAAAAAGAGAAAAAAUAAAGAAUCGAGGAAGAGUGGAGGGAAGUUUUAUCAAUGUUACUAGGAGAAUCAAGAAAAAAAAAGAAACUGGAGGCAAAGUUGAAUGAAAAGUGUAAAAUAGGAAAACAAAAUAUAAAUAAAAACUAAAACCAAUCAUCCUUGUGUACAUUGUGUAAAAAGACUGAAAAUAAUGUAAAAUGAAUAAACUUCGAAACAAUGAAUAAUACUUAAACAA